AUGGAAAGCGUGGAUGCUGCGCUGCGAUACUUGCAGCGGCAGUUCGCAAGCGUAGCAAGUGACGAAGUACAAUGGAAUGAAGAGCGUCAGAAAUUGCAGGCACAAGUGCGUGAGCUAGAAGAUCAGCGCAGUGAGCAAGAGCAGGCUUAUAAGGAUGCCAUGAUGCGUGUAAAGAUGUUAGAGUUUGCGCUGCGACAGGAGCGUGGCCGUUAUUUAGCAUCACCUGCUGAAGUAUCGAGUACAGGAGGAUCAUCUACUAAGCCUUAUUGCGAAAGUUCUGAGGCCACGCGGGGUUUGGGGGCUACUCGCUCCAAGUCUGCUCGUAUAGCCGAGCACCCAUCGCCAGCACCGUCACCUGCGGGUAGUCCUAAGACAUACAGCGUUAUUAGAGCAGAUAGCAGGAAUAAAAGUGGGUCCAUUACACCUAAAAACUCUCAAGGCAAGGGAAUGGAGAUUUCGCGACCCCGUAUGAUGACUAGGACGGCGUCUGGACGAGAUGCGGAGCGCGAAGCGAAUAAGGGCGCGUCAUUGCGUGAGGUUGAACGAGAAAUGAAUAGAUUGGCUUCAGGAACUGGGCGCGAAGUAGAGCGUGAGAUGAACAGAUCGGCUUCGGCGUCAGGAAGGGAGGUAGAUCGCGUUGAACGAAAUAUUGAACCAACCAAGCUAUUAAAACCGGUUGUAAUUGCUAAUGCUUCCAAGGGGUCGUACCGACCGCACAAGUUGAAGCUCAAGCUGUCUGGACAUAUGGAUGGAGUGCGAGCGCUUGCAUUUCACCCAACCGAGCCAUUGUUAGUGUCAGGCAGCGAAGACUGCACGGUGAAGGUGUGGAAUCUUUCAAGCGUAGCCAAUGGACCUCCAUCGCAGCGUGCGAUCGAGGUAGACUCGAUUGUAACAAUGCGAACCCACACACAUAGCGUGCUUGCACUGGCUGUGCUUAGUGCAGAUAACUCUGAGUGUCCACCUGGUCGAGUGGGUACAUUCGUGUCGGCAGGUCGUGAUGGAACACUCCAUUUGUUUCAAUUGCCAUCCACAGAGACGGACAAACCUGAGCCUUAUACGUAUCAGGAAUAUGAGGGCAUGAAAAUGGAUAUGGUGAAAGAUGCUCACAGCGAUGCAAUAUGGGAUCUGCAUGCGCAUCCGCUUUCAAAUAUUUUGUUUUCAGCUGGAGCUGAUGGCAUUGUGCGAACUUGGGGAGUUAUGUCAGAGCUGACGCCUCAAGGUGAGCUUCGAUGCUCAAGUAAAAUCAACUCAAAUGGAACUGGUCCGAGCAUUGGUAGCUCAUUAAUGCCAACCUCAGUUCACUCUAUGCUUACGGAUCCAAAAACGUGCAUUGUUGGUUACACAAAUGGAUCUAUUGCCCAAUUUGACUUUGCUGCUGAGCGCGUAAUUCAGUUGACAAGAGCAAUAGAUGUUGACACAAUUGGUCGCAGAGGCCAAGUAAAUAAGUUGAGUGUGCAUCCGACAAUGCCGGUCGCUAUUGCUGCUCACCAAGACCGAAAAAUUCGGAUGUACGACAUGCGAGCAGGCGAGUGUGUCGGGUCUUUGACUGCUCACCAGGAUUCUGUCACAUCCAUUUCAGUAGAUGCAGCAGGAUUAUAUCUUGCGUCCGGAGGCCAUGACGGCUCAUUGCGUAUCUGGUCAGUCAGUGACCGGCAUUGCGUGUUUGAGCAAUCGGCACACCGACCGAAGAUGGGCGAGGCUACGCACUCAGUAACGUAUCACCCGUCCCGCAACUUCAUCGCAACGGGAGGUGCAGACAGUACAAUAAAGAUCUUUCAAUGA